AUGGGAGCGCCGAAGCAGAAGUGGACGGCGGAGGAGGAGGGGGCGCUGCGGGCAGGAGUGGACAAGUACGGCCCGGGCAAGUGGCGCGCCAUACAGAAGGACCCUGCUCUCGGGCCUCUUCUCACCCACCGCUCCAAUGUUGACCUCAAGGACAAAUGGCGCAACAUGACAGCAGCAGCCACUGGGGGCGGCAGCAGCGCCAGUGCAGUGGUGCCCGUGCCGCGAGUGCGCGCCCCCAGGGAGCAGCGGGCGGCAGCAGCAGCAGCACGCGCUGAGCUGGCAGCAGUUGUGGCGAUGGAGGAGGAAGAAGACGCCCUAUUGGCCGCCGCCGCUGCUGGCAGCGAUGCUGACGUGGCUGAUGGUGGUGCUGAUGAUGGUAGUGGUGCUGCUGAUGCUGAUUUCGCUGGUGGGGGGGGCGACGGGGGGAUAGGGGCGGGGGAGAGCGGGUCUAUGGGCGGGGCUGCUGGGGGGACGGAUGGUGAGGCGGGGGGGGAGGGCGUGGGUGGAGGUAGCGCGAGCAGUGGGCGCACUGGCAGUCGAGGGGGGAUGGGGGAGGAGCGGACUUGGGCUAUUGUGCCAUCUGCUGCUGCCGGCGCUGCUGGUGCUGCUGGCAUGGGUCUACCUGUUACCAGCAAUGCAAGGUAA